GAAGGCGGGCCUUGCGACCAAUUAGAUCCCUGGAUUUCACUAGCUUACACGUUUCCUUUGGCUGACGUUUUGUUCGUGAAAUGUCUUUAUGGCAUUGAUAUUUAAUGCUAUAUUAAUGUAGUACAGGCAAAUGUUUGGUCUAUUACAUUCAACGUCUUUUGUUUACUGGAAAGCCCUGUCAAACUUAGCCAGAAAUCGGUGCUUGUUGUCGAGGUCCUGCGAUCUUUUGUCAGCCGCAUCGUGCUCAAACAUGAAGCCAUCGACACCAACAGUGAAAGCAGUCAUAUUUGACCUAGGAGGCGUGAUCCUGGAACAGCCACAAAGAGGCCUUAGAAGAUACGCAGAAAGUCUAGGUUUUCCAGGGAUGCUGAUUCACAAUUGGAAAUUUCCACAGCCAAUGUUCGGGAACGGGAUCUCUAGGAAUGAUUCUAUGCCAAAUUCAGCUGCCUAUUUCAAGAAUACUUUCAUUAAAAUGGCUGUCACUUUUCAAAAUGUCCACCAAAACAAAAAUCUUGGAUAAAUAAACAGACUUGGACAUCGUGUUUCUCCAGCAGUACCAUGCUACUUCUAAGGUGUUGUGCAUUAAUGA